GAAAACAUAUGUUUCCAAUGACUACUCACAAGCUAUUUAGUGUUGUUUUGUUUGUGUUAUUAGGGCUAGGAGUGUGCUCGGCUAGAAGAGCUCUCCUAACUCUCGACGAAGUUGCUACUUACAUUCCAGCUGUUGGGUAUGGAGAAAAACAUGCUGCCACUGCUGGUGGUGUUGUAGGUGGUGGAGGUGGUGGCUCAGGAGGAGGAGGUGGUGGUGGAUAUGGAGCUAUAGGUGCUGGUGGGUAUGGUGGAGGUAGUGGUAGUGGAGAAGGUGGUGGGUCUGGGUUUGGAGGUGCUGGUGGGCAGGGAGGUGGUGGUGGCGGGGGUAGUGGUGGUGGUGGUGGAGGUGGUGGUGGCACUGGUGGUGGAGGUGCUGGAUUUGGUAAGGGUGGUGGAGAAGGUGGUGGUUCUGGCUUUGGAGGUGCUGGUGGGCAGGGAGGUGGUGGAGGUGGGGGUAGUGGUGGCGGUGGAGGAGUUGGUGGUGGCAGUGGUGGUGGAGGUGGUGGAUUUGGUGGUGGAAGUGGAGAAGGUGGUGGUUCUGGGUUUGGGGGUGCUGGUGGGCAAGGAGGUGGUGGCGGUGGGGGCAGUGGUGGUGGUGGAGGAGGUGGUGGUGGCAGUAGUGGUGGAGGUGCUGGAUUUGGUGGUGGAAGUGGUGAAGGUGGUGGUUCUGGGUUUGGAGGUGCUGGUGGGCAUGGAGGUGGUGGCGGCGGUGGUAGCGGUGGCGGAGGCGGAGGUGGUGGUGGUAGUGGUGGUAAAGGUGCUGGAUUUGGUGGUGGAAGUGGUGAAGGUGGUGGUGCUGGUGGUUAUGUCCCUUGAUGAUAAUAGCUUCUCUCCAUCAUGCCAGGACUACAAAAAUGGCUUGUUCUUACUGAUAGUAUCAUAAAAAAUAAGGUUAAUGUGGGGAACAAAAUGCUUGAAGGUAUCUGUAUUCUGUAUUCUAUAUGAAGCUAUAUAAUUUAUGAAUGUUGAAUGAACGAGAUGAUCUCAUAAGCUGUACUACUAUCAUAAGUCAAUAUAACUACUUAUUCUUCUUCCCUAGGCCAUUCAUUUACGACG